CGUCACUCCUUGACUUCCUCCAGAAGACGGAAGUUUAUCGGACGCCGUUUGCUCAUCGCUGAGGUCAAGACAACACCGGAGGACGUCUUUUGAAUUUUGCGGGCCAUGGGCUGGAUUCCGGACGAGGGCAAGGGGCUCCCUCCGCCGGGCGUCGUCAACCGCAACUCGAUUUGGCUGGGCGGCAUGGGCUGGUGCGCCGCCAUGCUCCACAACGCCAUCAAACACCGGCCCCCGCUAAAGUCAGGUGUUCAUCGACAGGUCCUUCUGACGACGAUCGGAUGGUUCCUCGGCUACCACGUGACGAAAUAUGAAAAUUACGUGCACGCCAAACUGGACCGAGAGAUGAACGAGUACAUGAAACUGCACCCAGACCGCUUUGCACCAAAGGAAAAGAAGACCUUUGCUGAGAUCGUGGAGCCUUUCAUUCCUGUGCGCUGAGCUGUCACAUCUUUCCUGUCCGAUAUUCUUCUGUACAUAAUUCAGUAAAAUUAAUAACA